AUGAACCCCUUGCUGGGCCUGGGCCUGCUUCUGGCUGGCCUCCUCACUGUGGAAGGUCUUCUGAAGCCCAACUUCUCUCCAGAGAAGCAUGAAGCUGUGAGUCAGGGCCAAGUAGGGAAGGGAAAGGGGACAGCUCAGGAGCUUGCAAAGCGAAACACAGACUUUGGACUCAAGCUGUUUAAGAAACUGUCCUUCAGCAGCCCUGACAAUAACAUCCUCUUCUCCCCCUGGAGCAUCUCCAUGGCCUUCUCCAUGCUGUCUCUGGGUGCCCAGGACUCCACCCUGGCUGAGAUCAAGGAGGGCUUCAACUUCAGGAACAUCCCUGAGAAAGACCUCCAUGAAGGCUUCCAUUACCUCAUCCACAGGCUGAAUCAGAGGAACCAGGACCAAAGGCUGGGACUCGGGAAUGCCUUGUUUAUUGACCAGAAGGUAAAGCCCCAGCAGAAGUUUCUGACAGAAGUCAAGAACAUGUACAAGGCAGACACCAUCCCCACCAACUUCCAGAACUCAGAAAAUGCUCAGAAGCAGAUCAAUAACUAUGUCCGUCAGAAAACCCAGGGGAAAAUCAACAACCUAGUCAAGAACAUAGACCCUGGCACUGUGAUGCUUCUUAUCAACUAUAUUUUCUUUCGAGCCAGGUGGCAACAUGAGUUUGACCCAAAGGAAACGAAAGAGGAAGAUUUCAUUCUGGACAAAAACAAGAGCAUGAAGGUGCCCAUGAUGUUCCACGUGGGCAUGUAUAACGUGGGGCGUGAUGACCAGCUUUCCUGCACUGUCCUGGAAAUGCCUUACCAGAGCAACUUCACGGCCAUCUUUGUUCUUCCUGAUGAGGGCAGAAUGAAGCAAGUGGAGGAAGCCCUGGGGCUGGAGACUUUUGCCAGAUGGAAGAAGUUACUCGUACGAAGGGUUGCAGAUGUGUUUGUGCCCAGGUUGACCAUCACCAGUAACUACGACCUGAAGAAGACGCUUUCCCACCUGGGCAUCAGCAAGAUCUUUGAGGAACAUGGUGAUCUCACUAGGAUCUCCUCUCAUCGAAAUCUGAAAGUGGGUGAGGCGGUACACAAGGCUACCCUGAAGAUGGACGAGAAAGGCACAGAGGGAGCCGCGGGCUCUGGAGUGCAGACGCUGCCCAUGGAGACACCGAUUCGGGUCAAGAUAAACCACCGCUUCCUGCUGAUGAUCUGGGAGACUAAAAUGAAUAACCUGCUCUUCUUCGGAAAGAUUGUUAAUCCUUCUGGGAGAUAA